AUGCAGCAGCGUCGCCAAGAUGACUGCAUUGCGCGUCUACAGUUUGAUGCUCAAACGGAGACCGUGAAAAUUACAAACUGUGGUUUGAAGACAACCGGAGGUUUGACUAGCCUUGGAAGUCUGGCGGCCACUUCAUUGUCGAUCUGGGUGCUCCGAUAGUGGGUGUUGCACAGGUCGGUGAAUUUGCCGACGGCUUGCAGUCGGGCGCCGUUCACGUUGAUUUGGGGUGUAUCGUAGGCAGCGUUGGGUGGCGGUGAAUACAUAAGCACCAUCUUCUCCGUGGUGAUGACCAGACCGAAGCUGUCUCAGUUAUCGGCGAAGAGGUUCAUGCUCCUUUGUAUGUCGCCAUCAGUAGUUACAUUCAGGGGGCAGUCGUCGGUGAAGAUAAUUUCGUGAACGGUAGUUGUAGAUACGCGCGACUUGAAAUGCAUCCGCCGAUGAUUGAGAAGUAUGCCUUCCGUCCUGUAGGCGACGCGGAUGCCGGGACGUUAGUCACGGCAGGCGUUCAUUUGCAUGAAAGAGAACGUGAGACGGAAGAGGAUGGGCACGGGGACACAGACCUGUUUCACCCAGUUGGUUACUGUCAAUGCCUCCGAUACAAGUCCAUUUUUCGUGAGUCACGUCAUCAUGCCAUCAUGGGGCCAAUGCCCGAUCUGAGUGAAUCGUUUGGGACAGCCGAAUUUUCUACAGUCCGCCACGAUUCACCGUGUCGAAGGCUUUCGUCAGAUUUACGAAUGAAGAUUACAAGCGAGUCUGUGUCUCUUGAUACUUUUCCUUCAGUUGACGAUCGGCAAAGAUCAUGUCCGUGGUCCUUCGAUGAUGACUGAAGCCGCACUGAGUAGGGUACUUCCGUCGGCGCUGAGAAGAGAAACAGUACCUUUGGCUGGCGCACCGUAGACAGCCUUGAUCGCGGAGAACAACUUGCUUCAUUCGUUGCGAUCCGCGUAGCAUUGGAUCUCUCCGGCCUUGCGAGCCGUCCAAGCGUCCUGCGUCUCCCGCAGCCGCUCUUGCACAACGCGACGACUACAGUAGAAGGUUGCCUUGUUGUCGUCGGUGGGGCGGGUGACGUGGAUUUUGUGCAGGCGGUUCUUCUCGGCGAGCAGGUUGCUGGUGGCGGCGCCAUUGUUGUCAUCAAACCAGUCCUGAUGUUGGCGACAUGCGUGACCGAGGACAGCCAGGGCCGUCGACUGGACUGUGUCCCGCAGCUGACACCAUUGAUCUCAACGAAGACGUCCUCUUCCAUGGCGUCGGCGACGGCGGCGACUGGAAGGUUGUCUAGCCGUUGA